AUGAACCAGAAUCUGAGCCUUGAUCAUCUCCUUCCCAUUGCUCGUUCUGCAAUGGAUGUGAAGAUUGUCGUUGUGCUGAUCAACCAGUUUCUCACUCAGAAUAUAGACCGGAUCCAGUCUGAUCUCGCUGACGAGCUCCGUCGAAAUAUUGACCAGGAAUUUGGGAAAGAUUGCCACAACUGGCAGCCUGUCCGCCUCCUUGAAGUGAUGCUACGAGUUGUACUCCGCACGAGUGCCCGGAUCUCAUGGGGCUUGCCGCUGUGCCGUGAUGAAUCCUACAUACGUUCUCUCACCAGAUUGAUCAGUCUCCAUACAGGUGCCAUGAUAAUGUGUGGUCAAUUGACCCCCUGGUUCUUGCAGCCCCUGCUUUCCAUCUUUCUCAGAGUUCCCCUGUACUUUGUUCAAAAGAGAGGGUGGGCUGCCACCACAUCACUCAUCAAGGAGUGGCUGGCCCAGAUCAAGCAGGAAGAAAAAGAGCAGAUCUCUGAAAAGGAUUCCAGGGUACCUUAUAACCUAGUAACCUCGUUCAUUCGAGUUUCUCACAGGUUGCGUGGGUCUGAAAAGCUCGAUGAGGGACAUCUCUCCGCGUUUAUCAAUUUCUUUGUCUUGCUACCAUUUAUGACCACCGUCCCUAGCGCUUGUGCUGCAAUCUUAGAUAUUGCAAGCUCUCCGCCAGAAAUGGGACUACAUCAGCAGCUUCGGCAGGAAGCCGCAAACAUCCUUAGUUCAGAGAAAGAAUGGGCAGCCCCAACGUCUUUUAAGAAGCUCUGGUACACAGAUAGUGCCAUUCGGGAAACAUUACGUCUAACUCCAGCGGUCUUACAUGCAUCAAACCGAGAAGUCAUCCAUCCAUCCGGUAUCACCUUGCCCACGGGCCAACAUCUGCCACGGGGUAUGUGGGUUGCCGCGUCCACCUUCGAUAUCCAUACAGAUGAGAAGUUCUAUCCUGAGGGACAGUCAUACAAGCCAUACCGAUUCGUCGAAGAGCAGACUAAUGAAAAUGGCAGUGGUCUAAGCGGGAGAGACAAUACUCAAGACGCUAGUAUGUCCAAGCAGAAAAUGCAUAUGGUAGCAGCCACCUCGACAUAUCUACCCUUUGGCUCAGGACGUCAUGCGUGCCCGGCUCGGCAUUUUGCUGUUCAUUUUCUCAAGAUGAUCGUCGCAUAUAUUGUUUUAAACUACGAUAUCGAGCAUCUGGACAAAAGACCGGACAAUAUGAUUUGGGGGGAGCAUAUGCUUGUACCACCAAGUGCUACUGUCCGAGUCCGUCGAAGGAAGGUUAAUUAA